UGUCAACAACCGCAAGCGGCGAGUUGAUUAUUCGGCCGCAGCGACACCGACAAGCACGCACGAAUUUCCACUGUUUGGACCGCUCAUUCUUUUGGACAAUCCACUCUCGUUCUCCCUUCGAGGCUGGUCCGCUUGUAACACAGAGUGUGUCCGCAUCGAGCGAGCCGCAUAAACCGCCUUCCCCUUAUACCGACGAGGCCUAAUUCCUUCGAACGCGCCGAGAACUGACAGUACAAGCCGCGAACGUAGCACAACGCAGGGUGGCUGCCAGCGCCCGGCAACUUGCAGCUGUGAACUUUCCUCAAGGAAAGGUCGUUGGCGGGGAGGAAUCUGAGUAGUAACUAUGGCGUCGAGCUCGAAUACCAUAAAGGUGGUGGCGCGGUUCCGUCCGCAGAACAAGGUCGAAAUAGCCAGUGGAGGUGAACCCGUUGUCGAGUUCACAUCGGAGGACACAUGUACGAUCCAAUCAAAUGAGGCCUCCGGGGCCUUCACGUUCGAUCGCGUAUUUGACAUGAACUCACGGCAAAUCGACGUCUUCAACUAUUCUAUUCGAUCAACCGUUGACGAUAUCCUCAAUGGUUAUAACGGCACCGUGUUCGCAUACGGUCAAACCGGUGCUGGUAAAUCGUACACCAUGAUGGGAAGCGAUAUCGACGAUGAAGAGGGCAAGGGUAUCAUUCCACGCAUCGUUGAGCAGAUAUUUGCUAGUAUGCUUGCAUCGCCGAGCAACAUCGAGUACACGGUGAGGGUCAGCUAUAUGGAGAUCUAUAUGGAGCGGAUUCGCGACCUUCUCAACCCGGUCAACGACAAUCUACCGGUACACGAGGAGAAGACGAGGGGAGUUUAUGUCAAAGGACUGUUGGAGGUGUAUGUUUCCAGUGUUGCGGAAGUGUAUGAGGUCAUGAGAAGAGGAGGAAAUGCAAGAGCCGUCGCGGCAACGAACAUGAAUCAGGAGAGUUCGCGGUCACAUUCCAUCUUCGUUAUUACUAUCACUCAGAAGAAUCUGGAAACUGGUUCAAUGAAGAGCGGACAGCUGUUCUUGGUGGAUCUUGCGGGUUCAGAAAAAGUGGGGAAGACGGGCGCAAGCGGACAAACGUUGGAAGAAGCAAAGAAGAUCAAUAAGAGCUUGAGUGCUCUUGGUAUGGUCAUCAACGCUUUGACGGAUGGCAAAUCUUCGCAUAUUCCUUACCGAGACUCGAAACUCACCCGUAUUUUGCAAGAAUCGCUGGGAGGUAACUCCAGGACAACGCUAAUCAUUAAUUGCUCGCCAAGUAGCUAUAACGAUGCCGAAACGAUCAGUACACUGCGCUUUGGCAUGCGAGCGAAGACUAUCAAGAAUAAAGCCAAGGUCAAUGCGGAACUCAGUCCUGCAGAGCUCAAAGCACUGCUCAAGAAGGCUCAGGGGCAAGUCACUACUUUCGAAAGCUACAUUUCUAAUUUGGAGAGCGAAGUUUCGCUGUGGCGUGCAGGCGAGACGGUUCCAAAAGAGAAAUGGACGCCCGCUUUGGAGAAGGGUGCGGGUUCGGGUAGGAAGACGCCGGCUACUCCCUCUCGGGCUGAGACACCCAGACUACCCGCGAGAGGCUCAGAUACUCCUUCACGGCCGGACUCGAGGAUGGAUGUGGAACGAUCUGGUACGCCCAGUCUUCCGCUCGAUAAAGAUGAGAAAGACGAGUUCUUGAGAAGGGAAAACGAGCUUCAGGAUCAAGUCGCGGAGAGGGAGACGCAGCUGGCUAAGGCUGAGGAUGCCCUGAAGUCAGCCAAGGAGGAGCUUCAGUACUACAAGGAGAGAGACGCGAAGACCACUAAGGAGAAUGAGAGAAUGACCAGCGAACUCAAUGAGUUGCGGAUGCAGGUCGAGAAGCUGAACUUCGAGAGCAAGGAAGCGCUCAUUACAAUGGACGGUCUCAAGGAGGCUAAUUCUGAGCUCACCGCGGAGUUGGAUGAGGUCAAGCAUCAGUUGCUCGAUGCGAAGAUGAAUGCUCGAGAAACUAGCGCAUUGCUAGAUGAGAAGGAGAAGAAGAAGGCAGAGAAGAUGGCGCAGAUGAUGGCCGGUUUCGAUCUCGGAGGAGAGGUCUUCAGCGAAAAUGAGCGAAGCAUCCGCAAGAUGAUCCAACAGAUAGAUUCACUGCACGAGCUGAGCUCGGCAGGAGAACACAUAGCGCCGGAUGAGCUACAAGAUCUGCGACGAAAACUGGUGGAGACGCAGGGAAUCGUUCGGCAGGCCGAGCUGUCGCUCACCGCUCGUAAUGAGGAAGACACGAUACACAAUCGCCGUCGUGAGGCACUUGAGGCUCGCGUGGCUAACCUACAGCAAUCCUACGAAGAGCUGCUCGAAAGGAAUCUGACGGAAGCUGAUACGGAGGAGAUCAAGGCGCGCCUGGCAGAGGCAUACGCCGCAAGACAAGAGGGCAAUUUGGAGCUUGUUGAUGAGCUCAAACAGGACCUGACGCGCAAAGUUGAGGAGAACCAGAAGCUUAAGAACGAAGUGGAAAAUCUGCAGCAACGGAUCAAGAGUGGAGCGAUUGCUAAUGGUGUCGCAAAUGGCAUCAAUGGCAAGACCGUACAGCAGCAGAUUGCCGAGUUCGACAACAUGAAGAAGUCCCUUAUGCGGGAUUUGCAGAACCGCUGCGAGCGGGUUGUUGAACUCGAGAUAUCGCUCGACGAAACUCGCGAACAGUACAAUAAUGUCCUGCGGACCUCCAACAAUCGCGCUCAGCAGAAGAAGAUGAUGUUCCUAGAGCGCAACCUGGAGCAGUUGACAGUGGUUCAACGCCAGCUUGUCGAGCAGAACUCGUCGCUCAAGAAAGAGGUGGCUAUCGCCGAGCGCAAGUUGAUCGCUCGGAAUGAGCGCAUACAGUCUCUCGAGUCGCUGCUUCAAGACUCGCAGGAGAAGCUGACCGCUGCGAACCAUCGAUUCGAAGCCCAACUCACAGCCGUCAAAGAGCGCCUCGAAGCCGCGAAACAGGGCUCCACUCGCGGACUCGGUUCACCUACAUCCAACGCCUCCUUCGCAUUCGGCGGCGCCGUUGGCUCACGCAUCGCAAAGCCGCUUCGCGGCGGCGGCGGAAACGCCCCAGACGGACCCGUCCUCCCUGCGCUGUCGAACGUGCAGGCGCAAGAGGCGGGACAGGCAAGUAGUGGCAAGAGGACGAGUUGGUUCUUCAACCAGCGGUAGACUAAUGAAACAAUGUUGGCGAAGGAAGGAGAAGAAGAAGAAGCAACUAGAAUCGGAUUUUUGGGUCUAUACCAUCGCUACUUGGUUUUGUUCUUCCUCCUGGGCGUGGCGCUUGAUUUGCUGUGGCGUUUCGGCAUGAGAAGUACGACCGGCUUCAUUCUUACAUGAUCUCAUACAGUUAGACACGAGGGUGUUCAUUGGGCUGUUGGAGAGAGCAGAUGGACGGGGGAAGGGAGGCAGAGGUCAUUGGUAAUGCAUCCAUGGGGCGUUUCGCAGUGCGUGUGGAUGCUGUGUGGUCAUAUUGACUUUUCUUUGAUUUGGCCGGUCUAUUGGCCCCCCAUAGAUGCAUUGAAUAGGAGAGUGAGAGUGAUAUCGAUGAAGACGACUUUUUAUUACUGUUGGAUUGCAGAACCCGAAUUCAAAUCCUUUCCGCC